AUGCUGGGAAGGGACAAACUGGAGAUGGCUACCAUUGUUACGUGGAAACUUUGGGAAAUUCGCAAUCGGAAAUUACAUUGUGAGUUAGCUAUGGAUUUUUCGGAGGUGCUGAGUUGGUGCGACAAUUUCUUGGCGGUGUAUCGGCAACAAUUACAACCUUCUCCCCCGUCAAGUCGUGUAGAACGUACGGAGGUUUGGAUUCCACCGCCGCCAGACUCACAUAAGGUAAAUUUCGAUGCAGCCUUUCCGGUAGGAUCGAACUUUUAUCGCAUUGCUGCUGUGGCUCGUGACUCUCAAGGAAUGUGCAUUAAAUGGGUGACAAAGCGCAUUAGGGGCAGACCUAGCGUGGCCGAUGGUGAGGCGCACGCAGCCAUGCUUGCGGCAGAAUUGGCAGCACGACACACAUGGCGCUCGGUCAUCUUGGAAGGGGACUGCAAGACGAUCAUAGACGCAGCUAACGAGGGCGACUUCCACACAUAUUCCUUCGGCGCCUACUUGGAAGGAAUCUUCAAUCUGUUAACAUCUGUUUCGCAUUUAAAAUUUCAGUUUGUUCGACGUUCUUGUAACCGUCUAGCUCAUUAUUUAGCUUCCUUUGAUUCUUCUGACUGUUGUGAGGGUGACUCUUUACCUCCGCAUUUAGCCGAUUUGGCAUAUUGA